GUAUACAGAGCGGUGUGAGCGCAGUGGAAGGACGCGCUUUCCAUCGCGCUCCUGAGAAAAACCCCGACUUGUCUGCUGGACAGCGGCGUACGACAGACAGACCCACACACACUCAGACCAACAACAGUCAAGGACAUAUGUGAGCGCGGCGCGUUUCCGCGGGGAGUCUACAUCCAGGAUUCAGGAAUUGUGCGCAGGUCACGGCAUAUUUGUUUAGAAACUAAAUAAACAAUGCACUCUGCUGGCGACAACUAAUUCACAAAGAUGAGUCACCGAGGGGGUGAUCGACAACAUCCAGUGGUUCUGGGGUCUUCUCAUGCGGGACAAAGUCCGGUAAGCUGGGCCAUUCUCACCCACAGAGCGAUAAGCGUUUCUCGGUCACCUUCUGAAAUGAUGUCUUGUGGCGACGUUCGUUGCGCGCCAGAGUGCGUGUGAGUGACUGACCGAUAGUCUUUCUGAAAGAGAAAGAGAGGCUGGAUAUAAACAGCAGCCAGGCUUGUAGGCAGCGACAGCCAUACACUCAGAGCAGCCAUCUCGCCUCUGUCACAGCUCCUCAGACCCAUGCAGGAUGCCCGGAAAGCGCCGGGGAGUCCUGGUCCAGCUCAGCCCGAGUUCAUGACGCUCUGGGCGGCCUCGUCAUGCGUCUCUUGCCCGAGCCCAGCGCCCAGUCCCUCCGGCUCCUCUUCCUCUUUAUCUUCGUGAUGGGGGUGACCCCUUCCCCGGCUCUCACAGCCGGCUGCCCCGACAGAUGCGUGUGCGACGACCAGCUGGUGGUCCAGUGCGCCGGGCAGGAGCUCACCAUGUUCCCCAAUGACCUGCCCCUGGCAACACGGCAGCUCAUCAUCUCCAACAACCGCAUCGGGGAACUCCCGGCGCUUCAGCUCAACUACCUGUCCGAUCUGGUCUAUCUGGACUGCAGCAACAACUCUCUGACCGAGAUCUCCGAGUCCACCUUCGGGAAUUUGCGGAAACUCGCCUACCUGGACCUGUCGUUCAACACCCUGCUGCAGAUCGAGGACCGUACUUUCGGGCCCCUGGCGUCUCUGGUGAUGCUUCGGCUGACGGAUAACCCGAGUCUGGGGGAGAUCCACCCGGAUGCCUUCUCGGAGAACAUGGCUCUGCAGGUGUUGGAUGUGAGCCGGAACAACCUGACGGCCCUCAACAUCAGCAGCCUGAUCGCCCUGCCUUCUCUGCGCUCGCUGGGGCUCAGCGGCAACCCCUGGAGCUGCGACUGUGACACGGAGGACCUCUGCCUCUGGGUGCAGAUCGAGGGCUUCAAGUUCCAAGACGAGGGCCAGACAGUUUGCCACAGUCCCCCAGAGCUGGCGGGCCAGCGGAUGGCGGAGGUCGGCAUGCAGCUGCGGGCGGACUGCCACCAAGGCCUGGGCUACUGGGACUACCUGUUCUUCAUCGCCAUCGGCUUCGUCAUCUUCUCGGCCGGCACGGUGUCGGCCUGGGUGAUGGGCGUGCUCAUGGUGCUGUACGAGCGCUACAGCAAAAGGAAGAGUGAGGACAUGGACAGCGAUGAUGAGGAGGAGAGAAAUGGGAUGGGCGGAGGAGGAUGUGGAGGAGGAGGGGGAAACCAGGGGAACGGGGAUGUGAGCAAGUCUGGCAUGCAGGUGUGACAGACAGGUGUAAAACAACAUGAGGAGGGAUGACAUGAGACCAGCAGAGGAGAAAAGACAGAGAGGGAAGAACCAGAGGUGAUGAGACCACUCUGAGACCAAAUGCUCUGCAAUGAACCAAGACCUGACUGUCUCUCUUUGUUACAGAUUUAGAUAUCGCAAUAUGCUCUUCACCAUAUUGGACAGAAAGUGUGUGUGUGUGUGUGUGUGUGUGUGUGUGUGUGUGUGUGUGUGUGUGUGUGUGUGUGUGUGUGUGUGUGUGUGUGUGUGUGUGUGUGUGUGUGUGUGUGUGUGAAAGAAAGAGAGACAGACAGAGACAGCAAUAAGGAUGACUAUGCCUUUACUUCAG